AUGCCUCGACCCGUCUUACCACUCCUCCGACCUAUCCUCUCCUCUUCACUCCCCACUCCUCUUCCCAUCUCCCGAUCUAUUCACUCUUCAUCCAGGGUUCUGUUAGCCACUCCAGCUGGACGUAAUCCAUUCGCCCCCCGAAAUACAGGACCCAAACAUAUCACACCUGGACCUAUAAAAACUCCCAACCCGCGUGAAACUACCACCGCCGAUGCAGCUUCGGAGGGAUCAAGACAUGGUAAUGAUCAAUCUGUCGGCACGGGCGUAGCGGAUCAAUGGCCUGAUUAUUCCAAAGGGCCAAGUGCGUUGGAUAAAGCGAGUCAAUUAUUCUUCUUUACCGAGAUCGUGAGGGGUAUGUGGAUCGUGUUGGAGCAAUUCUUCAGACCACCAUAUACCAUCAUGUACCCAUUUGAGAAAGGUCCAUUGUCACCUCGAUUCAGAGGUGAACACGCUUUGAGAAGAUACCCCAAUGGUGAAGAGAGAUGUAUCGCUUGUAAGCUUUGUGAAGCCAUCUGUCCCGCUCAGGCUAUCACCAUCGAAUCUGAAGCUCGAGAAGAUGGAUCGAGGAGAACUACCCGAUAUGACCUUGAUAUGACGAAAUGUAUAUACUGUGGAUUCUGUCAAGAAGCUUGUCCUGUAGAUGCUAUUGUUGAGACCCAAAACGCUGAAUACUCGACGGAAACUCGAGAAGAACUCUUAUAUAACAAAGAGAAGUUGUUAUCAAAUGGUGAUAAGGCUGAAGCUGAGAUCGCUGCUAACCUUCAAGCUGAUCACUUCUACCGAUAA